AUGACCCCUAUCAAGCGCCCUGGUCGGCUCGGCGGCACCAAGUCCAAAACUGGGUGCGACACCUGCAAGAUUCGGCGUGUUCGAUGUGGAGAGGAGAAGCCACAUUGCUUGAGAUGCGCCAGCACUGGCCGAAGAUGUCGUUAUAGCACUGUGUCUACUUCAAGGGCCACUGAGCGGCCGCAGCUCCAACUUGCGCCGUUCUCGAACCAAGGAUCGCGCGAGCGCCGCGCAUUCGAGUAUUACUUUCACCACGCGGGGCCGUCGCUUUCGGGUGUCCUCGAUCAUUCAUUCUGGAGAGGUUCGGUCCUGCAGGUCUGUCGGCUGGAACCGGUCAUUUGGGAUGCGAUCAUCUCUCUCAGUGCGCUCUACGAGCGGCCUCCUCUCCACGAAACCCCGCCUGAGCGGCUCAUCAGUGAGCCAGCGGCGGUGCGACACUGCUACCACCGUGAAGCACUAGUCUGGUACUCGCGUUCCCUAUCUCUCCUACAGCAGCGGAUCAAUCAAGGGAUGGCAGACCUGACGGUCUCCUUAAUCAGCUGCGUUCUGUUCAUUGCCAUCGAGCUCCUACAGGGAAACCGAAAGGCCGCCCAGUUAUUGUACAACCAGGGAGCACGGAUGAUGGUCAGUGCCUUAUCAGCACCAACGUCUACCAUCGCCGCCCUUGAACCCAUUUUUCGCCGUAUAGGGACGUGGGUCUUUGUAACGAAUGGAGUGUCGGACGAAUGCUGGGAACUCGAUUUGGACAUCCCAGACAAGUGCUUCGUGUCAAUCUGUGAUGCAAGGAAUGUGCUCUGUGGGAUCGUGGCUGAAUUGAAGACACUCAAUAUUGACUCCAAAGCCCAUCUACGGUUGACCGGCGAUAGUCGUCUCCACGAGGUACCAGAGUUGGAUGCGAGGAAACAGCGCCUGAAAAGUCGGCUCCAUCAAUGGCACCAUCUCUUUACGCUCUUGCAGCCUGUGCAGGACACCAGCGUCGACGGCGCCACCGCACUCCUUAUGAUGACAUAUACAAGCGUCUUGAUUGAAGCUGAAGCCUGUCUUUACGUUGACCAAUCUGUGUACGACUCUUACGAACACGAAUUCUCCCAGAUCAUCAGUUGGGCACCUACUGCGGUUGCAUGGACUUGCAGCUCGGAUGGCAAACAACCACCUUUCAUGUUUGAGAUGGGAGUGUUUAUUCCACUCUUUAUUACAGGGCUCAAGUGUCCAUUUCCUCAGCUACGCCGCCGGGCACUACAAUAUCUGUGGGAAGCUCCGCCAGCCCAGGGCCUGUUCAUGUGUGUCCCCGCCGGCCAUAUCGUGGCCACCAUCAUCGGGCUCGAAGAGAAUCCCACAUCCAUACCCCAACAGGCCUCUGAUGUGUACGAUUUGUUGGCCCAGCCGGGGCAUAUUCCAGCGCCUGAAAAUCGCACCUAUGAUUUCAACGUGUCGUCGUCAGUGGAUGAAGAGGGGAAGCUGCGGAACCGGUUGCACUAUACACUUCACCACUUUGAUGCGGAGGGAAGGAUAGAGUUUGUAGAAAGGAUGGUGCCAUUUCCAGCCGUGAAGUAG